AUGAACCACAAAUAUGCUGCGCUGCAGCGGGCCCAACUCCACCUGGAUUUCAUCCACGCCAACUCUACAACCCACAGUUUCCUUUUUGGAGCUCUGGCUGAAUUGCUGGACAAUGCAAGAGAUGCAGGGGCUGCAAGACUUGAUGUGUUUUCAGUGGAUAAUGAAAAACUGCAGGGUGGAUUCAUGUUAUGCUUCCUGGAUGAUGGAUGUGGCAUGAGCCCUGAGGAAGCUUCCGACAUCAUUUACUUUGGCACAUCCAAGAAACGCUUAUCAACCUUGAAGUUCAUUGGGCAAUAUGGCAAUGGUCUGAAAAGCGGGUCCAUGAGAAUUGGAAAAGACUUUAUUCUUUUUACGAAGAAGGAAGAAACGAUGACCUGCGUGUUUUUUUCUCAGAGCUUUUGUGAGAGAGAAGGUCUUAGCGAGGUUGUAGUUCCAAUGCCUUCAUGGCUAACAAGAACCAGAGAAUCCGUCACAGAUGAUCCCCAAAAAUUCUCAACAGAAUUGUCUAUAAUUUAUAAAUACUCGCCAUUUAAAAAUGAAGCUGAAUUAAUGCAGCAAUUUGAUUUGAUCUAUGGAAAAUGUGGUACUUUGCUGGUUAUUUAUAACUUGAAGCUUCUGCUUAGUGGAGAACCAGAGUUGGAUAUUAAAACUGACAAAGAAGAUAUACUGAUGGCUGGUGCUCUUGAAGAUUUUCCAGAGAGAUGGUCCUUCAGAGCCUACACAUCUGUUCUGUAUUUUGACCCCUGGAUGAGAAUAUUCAUUCAAGCCAAAAGAGUUCAAACAAAACACCUAUGUUAUUGCCUCUACCGACCCAGAAAGUAUCUGUAUGUCACAUAUUCUUUUAAAGGAACACUUAAAAAUGAAGUAAAAAAGGCAGAAGAAGCAGUAAAGAUUGCUGAACUCUCGUUGAAAGAAGCACAAAUCAAAGUAAACCAGCCUGACAGAACUUCUUCGUCCUCUGCCAAGGAUGUAUUACAGAAAGCUUUGGAAGAUGUAGAAGCCAAGCAUAAGAAUCUUAAAGAGAAACAGAGAGAAUUAAAAAAAGCAAGAACACUCUUCCUGUUCUUUGGAGUGAACAUAGAAAACCGAAGCCGAUCUGGAAUGUUCAUUUACAGUAAUAACCGUUUAAUCAAAAUGCAUGAGAAAGUGGGUCCACAGUUGAAACUGAAGUCCUUACUUGGUGCAGGCGUGGUUGGAAUUGUUAACAUACCCUUGGAGAUCAUGGAGCCAUCCCACAAUAAACAAGAAUUUCUCAAUGUCCAAGAGUAUAAUCAUUUGUUGAAAGUCAUGGGACAGUACUUGGUUCAGUACUGUAAGGACACUGGGAUCAGUAACAGAAAUUUAACGUCAUAUUGGAAUGAAUUUGGAUACCAACAUAGCAAGGACAUGGAAACAUCUUCAGAUUCCCUUCAGUAUCAAAGAAGACAAGCCAUGGCCAUCCCAUUCAUGGUACAGUGUGAUCUCUGUCUUAAAUGGAGAGUCUUACCUUCCUCUACUAAUUAUCAGGAAAAAGAAUUUCAUGACAUGUGGAUUUGUGCUAAUAAUCCUAACCUCCUGGAAAACAGUUGUCAGCAGGUAGAAAGUCUGCCUUCCAUCCCCCUGGGCACCAUAAGCACAGUAUUACCAUCAAAAAAUGAGAAAGAGAGGCAACUUACAGAAUCCGUCCAAAGGUAUCAAAAUAAACUGGCAGAACAGCAACCAAAGCCUCAAUUUAUACCUAUGAGUAGGAUCGCUGAGUUCACUCGCACCUGCCCUACUUCAACACUUAAGGUGAGUACUGAAAGCAGACGCAAGUCAUUUUUUUUGGUUGAUUUGAAGCAUGAAUCUCUUUCACCCUCUGAGCUUUCAGUCAGUCAUAGAAGCCAAAAAAGAAACACAGAAAGUACAGACUCUGAUAUAGAGUAUGUUUCAGAGUAUAAAAUUACGAAGAAGUCCAUGCAGAAGAAGAUGAAAUCCCAGCAGCAGAGACAUGCUGUGCCAGAAAACAUCCAACUAGCUGAGAGAUCUCAGAAAAGUCAGAUUGUUAAUAUCAGCACAGUCUGGGGAACUCAGCCAAGUGGAGGGACCCCAAGGAAUACCUGGGCCUCUUCUUGGGAAAUGAAAAGGAGACAGAGUCUAAACCUCAGACAGGAAUGUAAGGUGUUGAGUGAAAAUGAAAACAGCAACGGUGUUCCAGAUAUAAUCCUGGUUUUAGAUAAAAGCAGCACUGAAGUUUCGUUGAAACAAGAACAAAAGGAAGUUCCUCUCAAAAACGAAGAAAAACAGGAGCUGUGCAGUGAUACUCCAGCAAUAGAAAAAGACUCUUCAUUUCCUAACUGGGAAAGCUCAUCCAGUGUGUCGAUGGAAGAUUUAAAUCCACGUUCUGGACAAGAAGUCAGAGUUUCUGCCAGUGGUGAUUGUAAAGCUGCAUCUUCACUAAUGAUAUCUCAAAGCACAACUGUCAAGGAAACAGCAAGAAAACUGAUGUCUAAUUUAAGGGAGAUUCUUCUGUAUUUUUUUCCUGAGUAUCAGCUACCAUCAGAAUUUGACUGCAUAUCUGUAGAAGAACUCAGAGCAAGUUCUGAGCUGGAGCAAGGCCCAGAGCAGACGAACAAAAAGCUGAAAAUAUGUUUCAACCAGAUCCAGAAUGUUUACAUGGUCCAAUAUGAAAAGAAAAUUAAAAGAAAAAUGCAGUCCAUCAUCUAUGAUGCAAAUAGAAGAGGAAUUCUUAAUGAAAUAGCUCUGGGACUCUGUGAACAAAAAAGGAGAAUCACUGAGGAUAAACUGAAGAAUCUUCGUGUAAAACUGGCAGUAUUGUUGCAGAAACUUCAGCUGGAUGGUCCAGCAGAUGACCUGGAGCAGAUUGACAUUUAUUUGGAAGCUUUGUUGAAAGAAGAUAAUCUCCUUUCCAGACCCCUUGAACAAAGUGAUGCAGGGCAUGGUCUCCCGUUAGAGAGCAAUGGAAUGACUUCUCAAAACUAA